AUGACGCACCUGCGGAUGGGCGAGCAGGAGACGGCGACCGACUACUGCAACCGGGCCCAGCGACUUCUUGCCACCAUAAUGAUGGUCGGUGUACAGUACUCGACGGCGUCGUACGUGAAGCACGACCUGAAGGGGCUCACGAGCAACUACAACCUGCUGAAGCGGUUGUCGAUGGCGCCGAGCACGCGGGCGACACUCAACGAGGACUCUCUUGCUUUGUACAUCCUGCAUGAUGAGGCGAUGCAGGAAGCUGAGCGGUCCUCGGAGCUCCUGCCGCAGGUGAACUACGCCGCCCCGGCGAAGCAAGGUGGCCGACUAGGACAGCGCGUGCAGUCUGGCGGUGGUGGUAGCAAUGCUGGUCGGUCGACCAAGGACACCGACAAGCAGAAUGACUCCGACGACGACGACGCCAAGGGAGGUCGCGGGAGGUCGGCCAGCCGUCGUCCACGUCGAGGCAACAAGCUGCGCAAGGAGAAGCAGUCGACCAAGUCGACCUCGGCGAAGGACGCCGACUCUUCUGGAGGCGACAAGGGGCGAGACGACAAGGAGGCGUCGUGCUCGCUAGUAGGCGUCGUGGAGCCGACCGCCUCUCUGUCGCCGGAGGCCGGCGAUGACUUCCAGGCGAUGGCAGCAGCUGUGCAGGCGAACCCGGCGGUGGUCCUGCUCGACAGCGGUUGCUCCCACCACCUGAUGGGGACGAAUGACAUCUUCGUCGACUUGGAGCCGAGCGGCGACGUGAAGCACGUGCGUGGCUUCAAUGGGGCGCUGCAGGACGUCCACGGCCGUGGCACGGUUGCUUUGCAAGGGGAGGCCGGGAAGCGGGUGCUCAUCCCCGACGUGCUGUACGUCCCGGGCGUGCACGCGAACCUGCAGUCGGCUGGCCAGCUGAAGGAGAACGGCGUGAAGCUGCAGGACGAUGGUGACGAGAUGCUGCUCGUCUCGGCGACGGGCGACGUGCUUGGUCGAGCAACGUACUCCGGCCGGGUCCUCUGCACCGACUUGCGUCACUGCUUGGCGACGAACGCAGCGGACGUAGUGGCUCUGCGGGCGAUCGUCUCGGCGACGAAGUCGACGCCGAACAGGCUGCACGCGAGGCUUGCAUACGUCGGCAUGGACACCAUUCGGAGCUCGGCAAAGCAUGAGGUCGCCAUCGGGCUGGACCUCAAGUCGACAUCCGGUAGCGACUCCCCGUGUGUCUCGUGCGUCGGUGGGAAGCUGGCGCGGCACACCUUCCCUGACAAGGGCUCGGACGCUGUGGACGCCUUGGCCGUCGUGCACAUCGACUUGUGCGGGCCAUUUCGGGUGGCUGCCAAGGACGGCAGCUUGUACUUCUUGCUGCUGAAGGACCGCAAGACUCGCUACGUGUGGGUGAGGCCAGUGGCCAAGAAGUCGGACGUGCUGCAGGAGUUCAUGCAGUGGCUGGUGGUGGCUGAGCGGCAGACGAAGAAGUCGGUGCUGAUGCUGCGUUCUGACCGGGGAGGGGAGUUCCUCGGGAAGGACUUCACCGCCUUCGUGGACGGCAAGUGCAUAGUCCACGUCUUGACCUGCCCGUACGCCCCGCAGGAGAACGGCAUGGCUGAGCGGGAGAUGCGGACAGUGGUGGAGUCGGUGCGGACAAUGCUGCUGCACAUGGGCGCCAACCCGCCGACGGACACCUCGACGGCGACGCUUCCUCUGCUCACUGAGGUCGGUUUGCUUCCUGAUGAGGACGCCGAGGCCGUCCAUCCUCCUUCCCCUUCCCCUUCCCCUGUCCCUCCUUCCCCACCCCUUGUCACCGACCUGCGUGAGCUGCCGUCGGCGUCGGCCAGCGGCUAUGAGCGGAGCAGUGGGGCGUCGCCUGUGGCGCCAGCCAAGAGCAUCGCCGGUGGCCGACGUAAUGUCCAGCAGGGAAGAAAGUCAAUGCAGACAGGGGAGGGGCACGCCGAGGAGGUGCAGCCGACUUUGGUGGAGCCGGUGCAGAAAGCAUCGGCAGGGCAGCAGCUGACAGGGGAGCAGGCAGCAGCGAAGCCGACCAUAGAGAAGUCGGCGACCGGGCAGUCGGCAGGGGAGCCGACCGCAGGGGAGAAGUCGGCAUGGAAGCCGACUGCGGUGCAGCAGGACUCUGAGGGCAGCGAAUCAGGACCACGGCGUACAGGCCGACUUCGGAGGCCUCCCGACUUCUUCAUACCAGCUGCCUUCACCACGGUGUACGACGUGGUCGACGACGACAUGUUGUACGACGCCGCCGACGAUGAUGAAGACUUGCAGGAGCUCGACCUUGACAUGCACGCCGACCCCGAGCACCGUUGGGACAUCUCCACGAUGACGGUGAAGGAGGCGUUGGCGAGCUGGAAGGGCGAGGCGGUGAAGGCCGCCAUGGAGGAGGAGAUACGCAGCCUCAUCAGCAUGGGAACCUGGGAGCUGGUCGAGCGCCCACCCGGGGUGAACAUCAUGAAGAACCGGUGGGUGCUAAUGACGAAGUACUGCAUCAACAACACCGUCGAGCGCGAGAAGGCGAGGCUAGUCGUAAAAGGCUUCACGCAGGUGUAUGGCGCCGACUACGACGAGACGUACGCGCCGGUGAGCAGCUACGUCAUGCUGAGGAUCUUCCUCAGCAUCGUUGCCGUCCUCGACCUCAACCUGAUGCAGCUCGACAUGAAGAAUGCCUUCCUGCAGAGCAAGCUCGACCAUGUGCUGUACAUGUACCAGCCGGACUACUUCAACGACGGGACCGGCCGGGUGUGCAAGCUGCUGAAGAGCCUUUACGGGCUGAAGCAGUCGCCGCUGCUGUGGUACAAGGCGCUCAACGACGUGCUGGUCGGCGCUGGUUGGAAGUGCCAGAUCGACGAGGCCCUCUACUUCAAGGUCGGCACCGACAAAAUGGCCUGCUGGGUGCUGGUCUACGUCGACGACCUGCUCGCCGCCAGCAGCAGCACCGCGAUGCUGAAGGAGCUGAAGGAGCUGCUGGAAGCCGCCUUCAAGCUACUAGAAAUCUCGCCGGUGCACAACUGUGUAGGCGCUUCAUCGACGAGGAGCAGGGCGGUUGAACCCCAAAGACGACGAUAUUUGUUGAUGCCUACGCCGAUCUAUGUCGACGCCUACGCUGAGCUCACCUUCGACGACGAGGAGGCGCAGAAGCGCCAGGAGGAGGAGUACCGGCAGAAGGUUGGCUCGCUGCAGUUCGCAGCGACGACGACGAGGCCGGACAUCGCCUUCACCUGCAGCAAGCUGGGGAGCGGCCUCACGGUGAGGAGCGACCAGCACUGGCGCGAGGUCGACCGCUGCCUCGCCUACCUCGCCAACACGCGUGACACCGCCUUGGAGUUCGGCGGUGGUCCGGAGACGCUGGAGCUGGUCGGCUACGUGGACGCCGACGACGUCAGCGACAAGCAGAUCCGGACGAGCACGGGCGGCUACGUGUUUGUCUACGGAGGGGCCGCAGUCUCCUGGUCCACCGAGAAGCAUCAAGUGCGCGAUGCUGUCGUCGACCGAGUCGGAGUAUGUGGCGGCAACGGAAGCCGGCAAGGAGGGACGCCGCCUUCGCUUCCUCCUCGCAGAGUUCCGGCAGCUGGACGUCAGGACGCUUACUGUCCUCCGGGUGGACAACAAGUCGGCCAUCACGGUCGCCGAGGGCAUGGGGUUGACGGGCAACCUCAAGCACAUGGAGCGGCGACAGGCCUGGCUGCAGCACAUGGUGAAGCGGGGGAAGUUUUCGCUGCAGUACAUCCCGACCACCGACCAUCAUGA